AUGGCCUCCUUCCCCCACCAUUUUCUACUCCCCCUCUUCCUCCUAGCCGCCCUCCCUUCCCCUUCUCGAGCCUACUCCGACAAGAGAAUCCUCCUCAACCCCAUCGACGCAUGCUGGCGGAGCAACCCCCAUUGGGCAGCCGACCGCCGUGCCUUGGCCGACUGCGCGGUCGGGUUCGGCAAAGAUGCAAUGGGAGGGAAAUUCGGAGUGAUCUACGUGGUCACGGACCCGUCGGACGACGAGGAAAAUCCCAAGCCCGGGACGCUGCGUUUCGGGGCGAUCCAACCGCAGCCAUUGUGGAUAAUAUUCGCAAGAGACAUGGUGAUCAGGCCCAGAAGAGAGCUGAUGCUGAGCAGCUUCAAGACCAUCGACGGGAGAGGAGCGCACGUGGAGAUUGCGUACGGCGCAUGCAUAACGAUUCAGAACGUGAGCCACGUGAUCAUCCACGGGAUCAGCAUCCACGACUGCAAGCCCGGGAAGGCCGGGCUGGUGAGGAGCAGCGCCACGCACUAUGGGGAGCGCCAACAAUCUGACGGCGACGCCAUUUCCGUAUUUGCGUCUUCCCAUAUUUGGAUCGACCACUGCUCGCUGGCUCGCUGCACUGAUGGGCUGAUUGACGUCAUCCAUGCCUCCACUGCCGUCACCAUCUCCAACAACUACUUCUCUCAACAUGACAAAGUGAUCCUUCUUGGGCACAACGAUGAAUUUACAGCUGACAAAAUUAUGAGAGUCACUGUAGCUUUCAAUCGUUUUGGCGAUGGGCUUGUUCAAAGGAUGCCCAGGGUGAGAUUUGGAUAUGUCCAUGUUGCCAAUAAUUGGUACAAUAAGUGGCAAAUGUACGCUGUUGGUGGCAGUGCAGAUCCAACCAUCUUCAGCCAAGGAAACUACUUCAUGGCUCCUGAUGACUCUUUUUCAAAACAGGUUACAAAGAGAGAGAUUGAUGGGUUUGGAUGGAAGAAAUGGAAAUGGAGGUCUUCAAAUGAUGUGUUUCUGAAUGGGGCUUAUUUUAUCCCAUCUGGGUGGGGAACUUGUACCCCACUCUACACUCCAGCUCAAUCAUUUCCUGUUGCUCAUGGCUCUUUAGUUCCCUUUUUGACUGAUUCCGCUGGCCCUUUGAGUUGUGCAGUUGGCAAAGCUUGUUUGACUUAAAUAUUGUUGUUUUGCACUUUUCAAUUC